GAACCACGCGAUUGUGUUUUUAUCUUGUGUCUAGAAGAAGCGCCACUCCCCCUCUCGCAAUACCUAGCUCUCCCAGCGCUCUCCCUCGCUCGCUCGCAAUGGCGUCGUCUCUCCAGGCGGUCCCCGUUGCUCAGGCUGUGAGCUUACCAGCGCAGAAAUCCUCAUCCAAGGUGGCCUGUCUCAAUUCCCAGUUUCUCGGCCUCAACCUGAAAAGGAAGAAUGCGUUCCAAGCAUCGCUCUCGCAUGCUAUGGGACAUAGCCGGGUGGUUUGCGAGUCUUCGAGCACAGAGGACGAAACAAAGCAGUCGGCGAAAGAUAGAUGGGGGGGCUUGGCGACCGAUAUCUCGGACGACCAGCAGGACAUUACUCGUGGCAAGGGAAUGGUGGACACUCUCUACCAAGGAGCCAUGGGAAUGGGAACCCAGACUGCUAUCAUGAGUAGCUACGAGUACAUCAGCACGGCCCAGCGCAACUUUGCUUUUGACAACACCAAGGACGGCUUUUACAUCGCACCCGCGUUCAUGGAGAAGCUGAUGAUCCAUAUUGCCAAGAACUUCAUGUCACUUCCAAACAUCAAGGUGCCACUCAUUCUUGGAAUCUGGGGAGGCAAAGGUCAGGGGAAGUCAUUCCAGUGCGAGCUCGUAUUUUCCAAGCUUGGUGUCAACCCGAUUAUGAUGAGUGCUGGAGAACUCGAGAGUGGAAAUGCAGGAGAGCCUGCUAAACUCAUCCGGCAGAGAUACCGCGAGGCUGCGGAUAUCAUCAAGAAGAAAGGAAAGAUGUGCUGCCUCUUCAUCAACGAUCUGGAUGCCGGUGCUGGACGAAUGGGUGGCACCACCCAGUACACCGUCAACAACCAGAUGGUGAACGCAACGCUCAUGAACAUCGCUGACAAUCCGACCAACGUCCAGCUCCCUGGAAUCUACAACAAGGAGGAGAUCCCCCGAGUUCCAAUCAUCGUCACAGGAAACGACUUCUCCACGCUCUACGCGCCGCUCAUCCGAGAUGGUCGUAUGGAGAAGUACUACUGGGCGCCAACCCGCGAGGACAGGAUAGGAGUUUGCAAGGGGAUCUUCCGCACGGAUGGGAUCGCCGAGGACGACAUGGUGAAGCUUGUGGAUGCAUUCCCAGGCCAAUCCAUCGAUUUCUUCGGUGCUCUAAGAGCAAGAGUGUACGAUGACGAGGUCCGGAAGUGGAUCGAAUCCACCGGCGUGGAGAACAUUGGAUCCAAGCUCGUCAACUCAAGGGACGGGCCACCAACGUUUGCCAAGCCGGCCAUGACCAUCAACAAGCUCAUGUCGUACGGAUACAUGCUCGUCAAGGAGCAAGAGAACGUCAAGAGGGUCCAACUCGCCGAGAAGUACAUGUCCGAGGCCGCCUUGGGCGAUGCCAACGAAGACGCCAUCAAGCAAGGCACCUUUUAAGCUUACUCCAAGCUCUCUCUCGCUCGGUGAUCGCAAGAGGUAUUGUAACGCUCCACUCUUUUAUUUCACGCCAAGUCUCUCGAGACUAUAUCUUCUUCUUCUUCCACAACAAAUAUGAAUAUAUACAUGCCCUUUCGAAAAA